AUGGCAGAAGCAAGCCUACACAACGUCCCCAUUGUCAUCGACAAUGGCAGCGGCACGAUUCGCGCAGGGUUUGCGGGCGAGGAGAUUCCGUCAUGUUAUUUCCCGUCCUUCGUCGGUCGACCAAAGCACCCACGAGUCAUGGCCGGCGGUUUAGAAGGAGAUGUAUUCAUUGGACAAAAGGCACAGGAGCUGCGAGGGCUGCUGAAGAUCCGAUAUCCGCUAGAACACGGCAUUGUCACGGACUGGGACGACAUGGAGAAGAUAUGGCACCACGUGUACGAGAGCGAGCUGAAGACACUUCCCGAAGAACACCCCGUGCUGUUGACAGAACCACCACUCAAUCCGCGAAAGAACCGAGAUAUUGCCGCCCAGAUCAUGUUCGAGACCUUUAAUAUUCCAGCGCUCUACACCUCGAUUCAAGCUGUGCUUUCCCUGUAUGCGUCUGGCCGGACAACGGGUGUGGUCUUGGACUCUGGCGAUGGCGUUUCGCACGCAGUGCCCGUGUACGAAGGGUUUGCCGUUCCAAACAGUAUUCGGAGGAUAGACGUGGCUGGGCGGGACGUUACAGAGCAGAUGCAGCUGCUGUUGCGAAAGAAUGGCCAUGUCCUUCACACCAGUGCAGAGAAGGAGGUCGUUCGAAUGAUCAAAGAGAAAGUGUGCUACGUAUCGCUGGACCCAAAGAGAGAAGAAAAGGACUGGAUCAACAGCUAUCACAAGUCUGAAUCCAAAACGGUCGACUACGCUCUUCCGGACGGACACAAGAUCAAGAUCGGUCAAGAACGUUAUCGUGCCCCCGAAAUCCUGUUUGACCCGGAGAUUAUUGGCCUCGAAUACCCCGGUGUUCACCAAAUUGUGCAAGACGCUAUCACACGCACUGACCUCGAUCUCCGAAAAGCCCUGUACCUCAACAUCGUCCUCUCUGGUGGCACUACACUAUGCAAGAACUUCCCUGAUCGCUUGAUGCGCGAGAUUAAGAAAGUUGCAGUCGAGGAAAUGAAGAUUAGGAUUUCCGCACCUGCUGAGCGCAAGUACACCACAUGGAUUGGCGGGGGUAUUCUCGCAGGCUUGAGCACGUUCCGAAAGAUGUGGGUCAGUGCAGAUGAAUGGCAUGAAGACCCCGAGGUCAUUCACCGCAAAUUCGCCUAG